AUGAUACUUGGGGGCAUUAAUGAUGAAACUGUAUUUAAAUCAUUUGAUCUCACUUCAGAUGGGUUCAAUAUUGUAGUUGGUGGCUACACAAAGGAUAAAGAUAUAUUGUAAAUAUAGUAAAAUCAGUAAUAGCCCAUUAUUGGGUAUAUAUUGCAAGGAUUAUAAACCCAAUCAAACCUCUAUCUAAUACUUACUAUUUAUGGGUGGACUUAAGGAUACUAUUCACUCUAGCUAAACUCUAUUGGCCACCCAUUGGCAUUUUAUACUUAUAAUUAGGGUAAUGCAUUUGUUGGAGGAUAUUUGACAAGCGGGACUGUACUUGUUGCCAAUAUUGUAAAAAUUGACUUCAAUAAUGAGCUUAAUUAACACUUCUAAUUUACUCCAGAGAGUGGCUAGACUGAGGCUAGGAUCUAUAAUAUAGAUAGACAAUCCGAUCUCUUAACUGAUUGGUUUUAUACAAGCUACUCCAUUCUAUGCCCUUAAACUAUGGGAAAUGCAUCUAUCUAAAAGGAGGAUCAUCUUCAACAUUAGAGGCAAUAUAUACCUUGUAAAAUUCAAUGGAGCUUCAUUAUCUAUCAAUAAACUUUGCAAAUCAAGUCACAAAUACUAAAGCAAUAACAGUGUUUUCAUAAUCUUCAUUUGAAAUUUAUGAAGGUUAUUAUCACUCAGCUUAAGGACAUUUACUAUUAGGCUAUACAAACAAUUUUGGAGGUUAUGCACCUACAGUGGCAGAUGAAACUUUUACCCAUAAUAUUGGAUUUAUAAUGA